AUGACCUUGUGCGUCCGCACAGGUCACUUUUCGAACGUUAAUUCGAAAAGGGAAACUGUCGCACUUCACAAGCCCCAUCCCGACCUUUUCUUUUCUUCUUUCUUCUUCCUAAAGCACAGUAGCACCAUCACCCAACCUUACGCACUCUCCAGUUCAGACCACCUAGACACCUUCGUCCGACCCCUCGCUACCGUCGAUGACCACCGUCGCCCUCUCUUCCUUUCUUCUUCUCCUCGCUCUUCUAUAUUUCCCUUUUUAUCUUCUUUGUACCGUGCUGCACCAUGUGUCUGCGACGGCAACCCUAGGCCACGCCUUCCAAUUCCAACGAACAGAACCAGAAGCGGCGAACUUCUGUGCUACUGCAACCACCCUUGCUUCUAUAUUUUUAGAGAAAGAGAAUUAAUAUAUGAUCUAUUCGAAGCUGCGACAGGUAUGAGAAUGAUGCAUAAUUUUUUCCGUAUCGGGGGAGUCGCGGCCGAUCUACCUCAUGGUUGGAUAGAUAAAUGUUUAGAUUUCUGCGAUUAUUUUUUAACAGGGGUUGUUGAAUAUCAAAAACUUAUUACGCGAAAUCCCAUUUUUUUAGAACAGGUUGAGGGAAUAGGCAUUGUUAGUGGAAAGGAAGUAAUUAAUUGGGGUUUAUCAGGACCGAUGCUUCGGGCUUCCGAAAUACAAUGGGAUCUGCGUAAAGUUGAAAAUUAUGAGUGUUAUGGGGAAUUUGAUUGGGACGUUCAAUGGCAAAAAGAAGGAGAUUCAUUAGCUCGUUAUUUAGUUCGAAUUGGUGAAAUGGUGGAAUCCAUAAAAAUUAUUCAACAGGCUUUGGAAGGAAUUCCCGGCGGACCAUAUGAGAAUUUAGAAAUCCGUUACUUUGAUAGGGAAAGGGAACCAGAAUGGAAUGAUUUUGAAUAUCGAUUCAUUAGUAAAAAACCGUCUCCGACUUUUGAAUUGCCGAAACAAGAACUUUAUGUAAGAGUUGAAGCCCCCAAAGGAGAAUUGGAGAUUUUUCUAAUAGGAGAUCAGAAUGGUUUUCCUUGGAGAUGGAAAAUUCGUCCAGCCACUACCCUCGCCUCCCCAUUUUUUCUUCUUUUUCCCGUCAACGCAGGUUCCAUGUCCUUCCUUAUUAUUUCUGAUUUAUCUGGACUUAAUGCUGCUGUGUAUGAACUUUGA